GCCCAUCCAUCUCCAACCACACCGCAGCCAUGGCCGAAACAGCAGACACCCCUCCCCAGGAGGUCCUCCAAGAGACCGCAGAACAACAACCAGAGGGUUCCGAAACCGCCCUCGUGCCCACCGACGAAGCCCAAAAGAAAACCAAAAAGAUCAUCCGCCGCAAACGCCGUCCAGCUCGCCCCCAAGUCGACCCAGCCACCAUCAAAUCCGAACCUCCCCCGCAGACCGGCCAGAUCUUCAACAUCUGGUACAACAAAUGGAGCGGAGGCGAUCGCGAGAACUCCUACUUGAGUAAAACCGCCGCGGUCUCGCGGUGCAACAUCGCGCGAGACAGCGGAUACACGCGCGCCGACAAAGUGCCGGGGUCCUACUUCUGUUUGUUUUUCGCACGCGGUGUGUGUCCGCGCGGUGCGGAAUGCGAGUACCUUCACCGGUUGCCGACGCUGCAUGAUCUUUUUAACCCGAAUGUGGAUUGUUUUGGCCGGGAUAAGUUCAGCGAUUAUCGCGAUGAUAUGGGUGGUGUGGGUUCGUUUACGAGACAGAAUCGGACGCUGUAUGUUGGACGUAUUCAUGUGACGGAUAAUAUCGAGGAGGUGGUGUCUCGGAAUUUCGCCGAAUGGGGACAGAUUGAUCGCAUUCGUGUGUUGACGUCACGGGGUGUGGCGUUCGUGACUUAUACCAAUGAAGCGAAUGCGCAGUUUGCUAAGGAGGCCAUGGCGCAUCAGAGCUUGGAUCACAGUGAGAUAUUGAAUGUGCGGUGGGCUACGGUGGAUCCGAAUCCAUUGGCGCAGAAGCGGGAGGCGAGGAGGUUGGAGGAGCAGGCGGCCGAGGCGGUGCGGAGGGCCUUGCCGGCGGAGUUUGUUGCGGAGUUGGAGGGAAGAGAUCCGGAAGCCAAGAAGAGGAAGAAGAUCGAGGGUACCUAUGGCUUGCAGGGAUAUGAGCCGCCGGAUGAGGUGUGGUUCUCCCGGGCCAAGGAGUUGGAGGAUGCCGGGAGGGCGGGCCAGUUGGAGGCUCCGGAGCAGCCUUUGAUGAUUGAGCCUGCAUCUUCGUCGACGGCUUUUGCUCCUCAGGAGCCUGAGAGCAGUGGCAUUUUCUCCAGCUCUUCCGUCGCAGCGUUGAAGGGUCUAGCAGGCGGCAGUGUCACAACACAGCAGGCACCCAAAGCCGCUGGGCCGCUGGUCGCUUACGGGAGUGACGAUGAUAGCGAGUGAUUGACGUACAUUAAUGCAUUCUUACCUGUACUAUAGCAAAGAUACCUGAAAAUGUGCUUUACUGGGUUCAUCCAUUAUAUGGCUUCUAUUGAUGGCUAAUAUAAACGCUUGUUUGCAUGGCAUAAUCGU